AAUUACACUCUAUCGUCUCUCAGCAUUUCACGGAUCUCUACAUUCUUUGAUCUCUCUCUUUCUCCUUCAGAUCAUACAUUUUUGGCCUGUUCAACUUCCCCCGAAAUUAUCUUCUUACCUAUCUUCUUUUACCCAUUAUCAUCCUAGGCUUUAUGAUUUAUUUGUAAAAAUAGUUUUGAAUCGAUUUUUGCGUUUUAAAGAGGUGAAAAUGAUGGAGUGUUUUGCACUGAAUCUGGUGUUUUUCAAUAAGAAGUGAAUGUAAAUUUGUACAAAAAAAGGGAGUAUUUUUGCAAGAAAAUGUCUCCGGUCAAAUUCCUGUUCACGUUCCUCUUUGUAUCAGUCAGUAUAUGGCUCAUAUUACUAUUUACUGCCAGGUUAGUUUCUUCGAUUUUGAGCCGGGUCCUGAAAGCAUCCGUGGGAUUUAGAAUUAGUGGAUGGAGAUGUUUGAGGGAUGUUAGGAUCAAGUUUGAAAGGGGCGUUGUUGAAUCCAUUUCGGUUGGUGAAAUCAAACUUAGCUUACGGAAAUCCUUGGUUAAACUGGGGGUUGCUUUUAUUUCUAGGGACCCAAAACUGUUGUUCGUGAUAAGCGAAUUAGAAGUUGUUACAAGGACUGCAGAAAAAACCACAAAGACAACGAAAUCAUGCAGACCAAAGACUUCUUCUGGAAGCCGCAAACCAGGCAAAAAGUUGAUGGUUAUUGCUAACGUAGCAAGAUUCUUUUCUCUUUCUGUGAGAGACUUGGUUGUGAAGACACCGAAAGCUUCUCUAGAGAUUAAAGAUCUGGGGCUUGAUUUGUCUAAAGAUCCAGGUUCCAAGCCUUCUGUGUAUCUAAAGUUGCAAAUGUUUCCUAUUGUUAUCCAUCUGGGUGAUAAUAUAUCUUGCUCCAAGGGCAGCGAAAGCUUACGUGUAGGGGAUGGAUCCACGAUACACAAAUCCUCUGCUAAUUUUAUUUGUGAAGAAUUUGGUCUCUUGUUUGAGUUUGGCCAUCACAGAGAAAUGGGCGUCUCCAUUAAAAACAUCGAUAUAUCUUUGGGAGAAGUUAGUGUAGACCUAAAUGAUGAUUUGAUUUCGAAAAAAAAGAAGUCAUUAGACACUCAUGAUGAUGAACCUGUACAAUCUACCACUACCACUACUGACUCUGACAUUGCAAAGAAGCAACAAAAGAAACAAGCAACAUUUGUGACCAUCACAAAGUACACUUCUUUGUUCCCCGAGAAGGUUUCCAUCACUUUGCCAAAGUUGGAUGUGAAGUUUGUACAUAAAGAGCAUCAUAUUGUCAUGGAGAAUAACAUCAUGGCUGUCCAGUUUAAGAGCAUUAAAUCUCAAUUUGUUGAGAAUGUUGGCGAAAGCACAUGUCUUGAUCUUCAAUUAGAAUUCAGUGAGAUUCAUAUUCUUAAAGAAGAUGGAAGAUCUGUUCUUAAUUUAUUCAAGCUUGCUGUUGUUUCAUUUGUUUAUAUUCGGUCACAGCCAACAUCACCAAUCAAAUUAGAAAUUGAUGUUAAGCUGGGAGGUACACAGUGCAACAUAAUUAUGGCAAGAUUAAAGCCACUGAUGCUACUGCGGCCCCCAAAGAAGAAAAAGGAAGGGCCAAAAGAUGAAAGUGCCAAUCCAGUAAAGGUCGAGUCAAGUGAUGAAUCUAAAGUCAUUAUAUGGACAUGCACAUUCUCAGCCCCAGAAACAACCAUCGCACUUUUUAAUUUGGAAGGAUUGCCAGUCUAUCAUGGUGGCUUGCAAUCUCCACGUGUGUUUGCCAACAACACAUCUAGUACAGGCACCAUAGUUCAUUUUGAACUUGAUGAUUUGUAUCUGCAAAUGGCCAACGAAUAUCAAGAAUCUUUGAAAGCAAGCUUUUUUAUUGUGGAAACAAACACGAUUUCAGUGUUGCAUAUCACCAAAAUUGUUCUGGAUUUCGGAAAAAAGGCAAUAGAUUCAGUUUCUCAAGAUGGGUCCAACUUAAAAUCAGUCCUCUCAGUUGACAUAACAGGUAUCGGUAUGUGCUUGACAUUCAACAGUGUCCAAUCCUUAUUAUCUACUGCUUUAAUGUUCAAGGCAUUACUGAAAAGCCCAUCUCCAACUGUUAAAACAUCAUCUUCUUCUUCUAUGCAAAGUGAGGCAGCUCGUCCAAACAAGUCAUCAGGGAAAGGGAUCCAAUUAGUAAAAUUUAACCUGGAAAGGUGUUCGGUGAAUCUCUGCAGUGACGUAAGCUUGGAUAACGUCAUUGUUGAUGAUCCAAAACGUGUGAAUUAUGGAUCACAAGGUGGCCGUGUUCUUAUUAGUGUUUUACCUGAUGGGACUCCUCGUACUGCAAAAGUAGCAUCAACAGCUUCCGAUGAUUGCAAAACGGUAAAAUAUUCGAUCGGGCUCGAGAUUAUCCAUCUAGGAUUGUCUAUAAACAAGGAGAAACAGUCAACUCAGGUGGACAUCCAAAGAAUAAGAUCAGCAUAUCGGGAAAUUAUGGAAGAUGACAGUUUCGGCACUAAAGUGUCAUUGUUUGACAUGCAGAAAGCAAAGUUUGUUAGGAGGGCAGGUGGCCUUAAAGAGGUAUCGGUUUGUUCUCUUUUCAGUGCCACUACGAUCACCGCCAGGUGGGAGCCCGAUGUUCAACUAGCAUUAACUGAACUCGGGCUACGUUUGAAGCUACUCGUUCACAAUCAUAAGCAUCAAGAACAACAAGACCUCACCACGGAUAAAUGUAGUAGUAGUAGUAGUAUAGAUAAAGAAAUUAAGAAAGAAGAGUCGGUAAAGAAAAAAGAAUCUCUUUUUGCGAUUGAUGUGGAGAUGCUUACGGUGACUGCUGAAGCUGGAGAUGGUGUAGAGAUGAUGAUUCAGGUUCAAUCAAUUUUUUCUGAAAAUGCACGCAUAGGUGUACUUCUUGAGGGACUAAUGCUGAGUUUUAAUGCAGCAAGAGUGUUCAAAAGUGGUAGGAUGCAACUUUCCCGCAUUCCUAAUGCCUCUGAUCCGGCUGUUAAGUGGGAUUAUGUGAUUCAAGGCCUUGAUAUGCAUAUUUGCUUGCCAUUUAGAUUGCAGUUGCGUGCUCUCGAUGAUUCAUUUGAGGAAAUGUUGCGAACUUUGAAGCUUGUAGCUGCUGCUCAAGAGAAAAUAAUAUUUCCGUUUAAGAAGAAAGAGAGCGAGAGUGGGAAACCGAAAAAACCCAGCUCUUCAAAACUUGGUCGUGUGAAGUUGUAUAUACGUAAGUUAACUGCUGAAAUUGAGGAGGAACCAUUACAGGGUUGGCUUGAUGAACACUAUCACUUAAGGAAAAAUGAUGCCCGUGAAAUGGCUGUUCGAUUGAACUUUCUGGAUGAUCUUCUUUCCAAAACCACCCAAUCUCCAGCCCAUGUUCCUCCUGUUCCUGUUUGUGAUUCUGAUGAUGAUGGCCAAGACAAGACCACAUCCACAUCAACAUGCGUGUAUGAUGCAUCGUCGCUUGAAAAAAUGAGAGAGGAACUCUAUAAGAACUCAUUUCGAUCUUAUUAUGAAGCAUGCCAGGCCCUUGUGAUAUCACAAGGAUCGGGUGCCUGCCAGGAAGGAUUUGAGUCAGGGUUCAAGUUUAGCACAUCAAGAACCUCUCUUUUCUCCAUUAUUGGCACAGCACUUGAUGUAACCUUGACAGAAAUUGAGGGUGGUGAGGCAGGGAUGAUACAACUUGUACAAAAGCUUGAUCCGGUUGCUCGAGAAUCUAACAUUCCAUUUGCUCGUGUUACGGUUGUACCUUAAUCUGCAGGCAGGCUCACUUGUGGCUCAGCUAGAGACUAUACAUAUCCUCUUCUUGCUGCAACUUUUGGUAAAUGUGAAGGUCGCCUUGUGCUAGCUCAACAGGCUACACCUUUCCAGCCCCAAAGUCUUCAGGAAGUGUAUAUUGGUAAAUGGAGGAAGGUGGAAAUGUACCGUUCGGUUGGUGGUACAACCCCACCAAUGAAAACAUUUUUAGAUUUGCCGUUGCAUUUUCAGAAAGGAGAAAUUUCAUUCGGAGUGGGGUUUGAACCAGUUUUAGCAGAUUUGAGCUAUGCCUUCACUGUGGCUUUACGCAGGGCCAAGUUAAGUGUUAGGGACCCAAAUCCCUUUGUUGUCCCUCCAAAGAAAGAGAAAAGCUUGCCAUGGUGGGAUGAAAUGAGAAACUACAUCCAUGGAAAAACCACCUUAUCUUUCUCCGAGAUGUUAUUUAACAUCCUUGGCACAACCGACCCAUACGAAAAAUCUGAAAAACUCCAAAUGUCUUCUGGGUAUAUCGAAAUCCAGCAGUCCGAUGGCAGGAUUUACAUUUCUGCAAGGGAGUUGAAGAUUUUUACAAGCAGUUUGGAGAGUUUGCUGAAAAACUCAACCAUCAAACCUCCAGCUGGCGCCCAGGGUCCUUUCUUCAUAGCCCCAACUCUCAUUCUUGAAGUUGCCAUGGAUUGGGGGUGUGACUCUGGCACACCACUUAACCAUUUUUUGUUUGCACUCCCGUCUGAAGGUGAAGCCCGUGAGUAUAUAUUUGAUCCUUUCCGAUCCACUUCCCUCUCCAUGCGGGUUAAUUUGGCUCUCAGACCUCAGAAUCAAUCACAGUCCAAAGAUACUUCAUUUGAUUCGCCUACUAUAAGUCUUGCCCCUCAUGAUAUUUCUUGGCUACUAAAGUUUGGGAAUUUGAAUUACCUCCCUCCUGUAAAACUGCGCUUUUUCUCUCGUUACCCCCGGUUUGGCGUCCCAAGAGUUGCUAGAUCUGGAAACCUGGCAUUAGAUAAAGUCAUAACAGAAAUUAUGUUUCGGGUUGAUUCAACUCCAACCCGUAUACGGCAUAUGUCUUUAGAUGAAAGUGAUAUAGCAAAAGGGUUGACUUUUAAGAUGUCAAAGCUAAAAUCCGAAGUGUAUCUAGGCCGUGGAAAGCAAAAGUUCACUUUUGAUAGCAGGCGCGAUCUUCUUGAUGUUGUCUACCUGGGUGUUGAUCUUCAUAUGCCUAGGAUAUUUCUGGAUAGGGAAGAUCCCACAAGUGUUAUCAAAGUUACAACAGCAUCCAAGAAUACCUCACAAGAAAAAGCUGUAAAUGAUAAUUCUGGUGGGUUUUUAUUGUCAUCUGAUUAUUUUAUCAUCAGAAAGCAAUCCCCCAAGGCAGACUGUUCACGAUUAUUGGCAUGGCAAGAAUCUUGCAAAAAAAGUAUAGAGAUGAAAUUUGGGGCAUCCAUAUGUAGACGUGGAAGUGAUAGUGAUGAUCAAGAAAGAUCCGACCCAAGUGAUGAUGAUGGAUAUAAUGUUGUGAUAUCUGAUAAUUGUCAGCGGGUUUUUGUGUAUGGCCUUAAGAUCCUUUUGGCAAUUGAGAACCGAAAUGCUAUUUUGUCGUGGGCUGCUGAGUUAGGUAAAGCAGUCGCACCUCCAAAACCUUCUCCUUCUCGUGUGUAUGCCCAGAGGAAGCUGCUAGAGGACCAAAAUGAAACUGACCACCCGCUUCAAGAAGAUGUCUCCAACACCACCGCUUCUACUGAUCAAACUGAAACUGCUUCACCUUCCAAACCAGAUCAGUCUCCAUCACCUUCUAAUAACGUACAACAUCAAACAUUUGAUGAUAUUGGUAAGUGCAAACCCACCUUAACAAAAAAUAUCUCGAUAAAUGAGGAUGAGGAGGGCACUUGUAAUUUCAUGGUAAAUGUUAUUGAGCCCCAAUUCAAUCUUCACUCAGAAGAUUUCAAUGGUAGAUUUUUGGUGGCUGCUUCUAGUGGGAGAGUUUUAGGUCGGUCAUUUCAUAAAGUUGUAAAUGUUGUAUUAGAGGCGAUUGAAGAAGCUGGUAAUGGUGAUGGUGAUGGUGAUGGAGGAUGUGUUCCUGAACUGAUAUGGAACCGGUCCGAGCUGUCUGUGAUGUUGGAACACGUGCAGGCUCAUGUUGCUCCUACUGAUGUGGAUCCAGGGGCUGGAGUCCAAUGGCUACCAAAGAUCAGGAAGAGCUCCCCAAAAGUAAAGCGCACUGGGGCUUUACUUGAACAGGUCUUCACCCCCUGUGAUAUGUACUUCCGCUUCACAACACACAAUGGUGGAACCGCAGAUUUAAAGGUGAAACCUUUAAAAGAACUCGCCUUCAAUUCUGAUAAUAUGACAGCAACCAUGACAUCUCGCCAGUUUCAUGUUAUUCUUGAUGUUCUCAACAAUGUACUCAUGGCCAGACCACCAAAGCCUCAGAAAAGUAGCAUUCCUAAAUCAGCAGAAGAUGAUGAAGAGAUGGAGGAGGAAGCUUAUGAGGUGGUGUCUGCUGGUAUUGAAGAGGUAGAACUAGAAAGAGUCAAACUUGAACAGAAAGAACGGACACAAAACUUGCUUUAUGAGGAUAUAAGGAACCUUUCUUUUCCAUCUGACACCGCUGUAGAUGUGCCCUCAGAAAAGGAAGGGGAUAUACUCGUCGUAACCACUGCCAGACCCAUAUUGGUGCAAAUGCUUAGGAAAGAGGUCAUUAAUGCACAAAAAUCCAGAAAGGCCGUGGCUGCUUCUUUGAGGGUGAUUUUGCAGAAAGCUGCAGAGCAACAGCUAAUGGAGAAAGAGAAAGAGAAGAAUAAAGGCCCGUCAUGUGCCAUGCACGUAUCUUUUCAGUUGAAGAAAGUUGCAUGGAGCAUGCUUCUCGAUGGAAAAUCUAUUUCAGAGAUCGAGAUAAAUGACAUGAUAUACGAUUUUGACAGAGAUUAUAAAGAUAUUGGUGUUGCUAGAUUCACAAUAAAGUGUUGUGUUGUGAAAAACUGCUUGCCUAACGCUAAAUCAGAUACACUUCUGGCCGCAUGGAAUCCUCCUUCCGAAUGGGGAAAGAAAGUCAUGAUUCGUGUAGAUGCAAAACUAGGCGCUCCAACGGAUGGUGCCUCGCCUAUUGACUUGUUCCAGGCCGAUGUUUACCCCUUGAAAAUACAUUUGACUGAGACGAUGUACCGGAUGAUGUGUGGGUAUUUCUUCACGGAGGAGGAACAAGACAGCCACCGGCGGCAGGAAGUUUGGAAGGUCUCGACAACGGCUGGUUUAAGAAGAGGCAAAAGAGGGAACGAGGCAACCAAGGAAUUAGAGGGAUCCUCUAAAUCAACCAUUGCUGACCCCUUGGCAUCAAAGAAAGGGAAAGUAUCAGGCCAUGAGUUAAGGAGAAGCUCUUCUUUUGAUAGAACGUGGGAAGAAAAUGUAGCUGAAUCCGUGGCUAAUGAACUUCUAGAACAAAUGCAAUCCUUAGAACAGGAAGAGUUGAGUAAACCUAAAUCCAAGGACUCAAAAACUUGUGCAAAAUCAUCAAAAACUGGAAAAGCUUCAAAACCUGUACAUGAAGAAAAGAAGGUAGGUAAACCAACUGACGGAAAGAAAGGCAAGCCUGAGGUGAUUAGAGAGUUUCAUAAUAUCAAGAUAAGUCAGGUGGAACUACUGGUGACUUAUGAAGGUUCAAGAUUUGCAGUAAGUGAUCUGAGGUUGCUGAUGGAUUCAUUCCACCGUGUUGAAUUCACUGGAACUUGGAAGAAGCUGUUUGCCAGAGUUCAAAAGCAUGUUAUUUGGGGAGUCCUCAAGUCUGUCACUGGAAUGCAGGGUAAAAAGUUCAAAGAUAAGUUGCAUAGUCAAAACAAAGAACCAAAUCUAGCGAAUGUCCCGACACUUGAUCACGAUAGCGACAACGAUGAUGGAGGCAAAUCGGACAAUCUUGGUUUAGCGUUUCCUAAACGGCCUGCUGCUGCUGAUGGAGCCGGUGAUGGAUUUGUUACCUCUGUUAGAGGACUAUUCUCGACACAACGCCGCAAGGCCAAGGCCUUUGUCCUUCGUACAAUGAGAAAUGAAGGAGAAGAAUCAAUGCCUGGCGAGUGGAGUGAUAGCGAGGAUUAUUCUCCUUUUGCUAGACAGCUCACUAUAACAAAGGCGAAAAAGCUUAUCAAACGCCACACCAAAAAGUUGAACUCACAAAAAGGUUUUUCUCUUGAUGGACUUCCAUUUUCACCAAGAGACGGGGCAUCGGAAAGUGAUUCUUCGAGUGGUGAUCCUUUUGAGGAAUACCUCGAGUACAAGGCUGCCCAAGAAAAAGCUGCCCAAGAAAAUGCUGCCCAGGAAAACACUCAUGUUGAAAAACCACCAUCCACACCGUAAUGUGGUGGCUAAAAACAACCCAGGUUCAUCAAUUCAACGAACCAUGUAGAUAUAGAAACAAAUUAUAGCUUCUUUAUAAUGGUGUAAAUGCAAUUUUGAUCUUUCUUUUGAUCUUAUUUAUGGGAGUUGUAUACGCGGAACAAAUUUAUAUGUUGUAGAUGUUCUAGUUACCAGGAGAUUUGACAGUGAUCAAGAGGUUCAUGAUUGUGUAUACAUGAAAUUUCUGUAUUUAGAAUCAAAAUAAAAGUGAAAUGUUUUAUGAUCA